GGCGGAUAGAAGAGCUCCGCUUAGCCGCUGACAGACGCUCCACUGCCGGCCACAGACUCUACCGCGCCGCCUACGUGUGAUUGGCCAUGACGAUUGGAGCAGGACCAGAACCGGACGUCCAUAAAGCACACACUAAAGCGUCUGACCCGCCAAAGACUGAACACACACCGGACGCACACAGAAAGGGUCAGCAUCAGCGUGAAGAAGACUACCUUUCCCAGAAGUCUCUGAGCAGCAGGCUUUCGUGGUCAGCGUUGGGCCGCAAUUACAGACUGAUGAUCAUGGAGUGUAAAAUCACACUGCUGGACGGCACCGACUACACCUGCACUGUGGAGAAGCGGGCGAGGAGUCAGGUGUUGUUUGAUAAGGUCUGCGAUCACCUCAAUCUGCUGGAGAAGGAAUAUUUCGGCAUCACCUACAGCGACACUGAGAGCCUCCAGAACUGGCUGGACGCCUCCAAAGAGAUCAAGAAGCAGAUCAGCACUUCUCCCUGGAGCUUCGCCUUCAACGUGAAGUUUUAUCCUCCAGAUCCAGCGCAGCUCUCGGAGGACAUCACCAGGUAUUUCCUGUGCCUCCAGCUGCGGGAUGAUGUGGUGUCUGGCCGUCUGCCGUGCUCGUUCUCCACUCACGCGGUGCUGGGCUCCUACACGCUGCAGUCUGAGCUGGGCGACUGCGACUCGGAGCUGCAGAACUCCAGUGCGCUCUCAGACCUGCGCUUCGCUCCAAACCAGAGCAAAGAGCUGCAGGACAAAGUGCUGGAGCUGCACCGCGCAUACAGAGGAAUGACUCCUGCUGAAGCCGACAUGUUGUUUUUGGAAAACGCAAAGAAACUCUCCAUGUAUGGAGUCGACCUGCACCGCGCCAAGCUGCUCACGCGUCUGGAGUGGUUAGCGGUCCUGCAGGAGGAGGAUUCAGAGGGUGUGGAGAUCAUGCUGGGCGUCUGCUCCAGCGGCCUCCUCGUCUACAGAGAUAAACUGCGCAUCAAUCGCUUCGCCUGGCCAAAAAUACUCAAGAUCUCCUACAAGAGGAACAACUUCUACAUCAAGGUCCGGCCGGGAGAGCUGGAGCAGUUUGAGAGCACCAUCGGAUUUAAGCUCCCGAACCACAAAGCAGCAAAGAGACUGUGGAAAGUGUGUGUGGAGCAUCACACCUUCUUCAGGCUGGUUUCUCCUGAGGCUCCGCCCAAACGCUUCCUGACUCUGGGCUCAAAGUUCCGCUACAGCGGCCGAACGCAGGCGCAGUCACGGAGAGCCAGUUCACAGAUCGCCCGCGCCGCCCCGCACUUCCAGAGGACCACCAGCAGACGGCACACUGUCACCGCCAGCAUGGACAACAAGUGUGUGUACUCGUCAGAUGCUCUAGUGUCGGAUCUGUCUCUGCCGUCGUCGCCCGUGUCCUCCACUAGAGUGCGCUGCAGGCGGCGUGUGUGUGUGCGUCAGCGCGCCGCCUCCGUCAGUCCGGCUAAGAGCGGCGCGGGCGAGCGGCGGCGGCGGGCACAGGAGGAGCGGCGGGCGGCGCUGCUGGAGGAGCGGGCGCUGCUGCUGUCGGCGCGGAAACAGAGGCUGAGUCGCCGGCGCGGGACGCUCUUCUCCUUCUCGCUGCAUCUUCCAGACGUCUCGGCGUUACUGGACGAUGACGGAUACCUCAGUUUCCCGGAUCUGACGGAGCUGCGCUUCCUGCCGCAGAGUCUGCAGCGCUGCGUGCCCGUGCGCUCGCCCUCGCUCAUCCCCUGCUUCCUGUUCAUCUUCUUCUUCCUGCUGUCCACCUCCUUCUCGGUGCCGUACGCGCUCACGCUCUCCUUCCCGCUGGCGCUCUGUCUGUGCUACCUGGAGCCGCGCGCCGCCAAGCUGAGCUCCGAGCUGACGCAGAGCUUACAGGACAGCUCAGAGGAUGAGGAGACGGACAGCGAUCAGACGGAUUUGGCCGGUGAUGACGACGACACAUCGCUGACGGAGUCUGACUUUGAGGACGACGCUCACACGAGGACACAGGAGUCUGAGGAGGUUAAAGCUGAUGCUGAAGACGCUCCAGUAAAGACAGAACACCUGACGGAUGGCCUUCAGUUCGAGGCUGAUGCCAAUGGAGACUCUAAUCCAGGUGUGUUCAUGAGUGCUCAGACCAUCACAUCUGAGAAGAACAGCACCACCACCACCACACACAUCACUAAGACGGUGAAGGACGGGAUUUCAGAGACUCGCAUCGAAAAACGGAUCGUCAUCAGUGGAGAUGCAGACAUCGAUCAUGACCAGGCUCUGGCUCAGGCCAUUAAAGAGGCCAAAGAGCAGCACCCAGACAUGUCCGUCACUAAAGUAGUGGUUCAUAAAGAGACUGAGAUCUCGGCGACUGAGGCUCAGGACCUCUGACCUCUGCUGUCC